AUGUUUAACUGGGUGGUGAAAGUGGUCCCUCAACCUCCUGAAGUUCCCGGGACAGAUGAAGAUGCCAAGACCCCUGCUGCUGACCCGCAGAAAAACAGACAGGUGAAGAGUCCUCCACUGAAAAACACAGAUGAGGCUUCAGAGGACAGCCAGGGUCAGACUGGUGUAUUAGGCUGGCUGUCUAAUGGGUUCGUCAGUGCCCUGCCACAGCCGUCUAACUCCCCUCGACUCAACAGGGCCAACUCUGAAGCCAGGUCAGGGGAGGAUGAAGAAAGGUCUGGAGUGAUCGGCUGGGUCACUCAGGGUCUGACCAAAGUGCUGCCUCAGCCUGAUGAAAAGUACAGAGAAACUAACGACAACAACAAUGAGGAACACACUGAGGUCUAUGAUGUAGCAACAAUGCCAGAUUUUGAUCCCCUCCCACACAUCCCAGUGGUGGAGAUGGUGUCAGAUGAUGAGUCGGAGGUAGAGAGUCUGACCCCUCAGUUCCCUCCUAACAUGGUGAACUGGAUAAAGCAGAUGAUCCCUCAGCCAGUUAUACUGCCCCCUGGUGCCGUACUCAUAGAACCAUCGACCAAGUCCCGCUCCUCUCUGGACAAAAUUCUGUCCCCACCACCUGAAUCUCUCAGUGGAAUCUCACUGGAUACUGACAGCAAGGCCUCGGGUGUGGUUGGCUGGUUCGUGUCAGGGCUGGGCCUGAAGAUGCCUCAGCCUGCCAUUCCACCUAAAGAUGAUGUCAUAUGUGCAGCUGAAGUUCUACAGAAAGCUUCAACCAAACUCAAACCUGACAUGGUGCUAGAAGACAUGGAGUCAGACAACGAGGGUCAGCAGACAUGUGAGGAUCAUUCCAAAGCUCCAGCACAAUCCACAUCGCUGACUCCACCAACACCGACAACAUACCAACAGCAGGAAGCAAUACAGCAGACACAGCCCAAUUCACUGCAGUCAGAUGCCAAUCCACAGAGUGUGACAAAAACAUUUCAGGAGGAUGCUGAGACUCAGACAGGCCGCUGGACGCCAUUUAUUGAGAGCAUCAAGAGGGAGGCUGAAGAUGUGGCUUUGGCUACCAUGGAGGAACGUCUGCUGCAGGAGCGCAUGGAGAUGGCACGCAUGGCUGAGGAGGUGGCCAGGCAGACAGCUGAGAUGGCCAUUAGACAGAUGGCCAGUGAGGGACAGUCCAUCAAACUCUCACUGGGCAGUCAAGAACUGCUGGAGGAGCCUGAAGCCGAGCUACCAGUGCCACAAGAAGAAGAGAGUGAAGUAGAACACAGUAAAGUCUCAGAAAAGGAAGAGAGCAUUGCAGAGGCAGAACAGAAGGAAGAGACUGAAGAACCUGCUAUCACAGAACCAGAGCCAAAGGAGGAAGCAGAGUCACGGCGGACCUCCCCCUCUCCACCUCCAAGUCCUGAACCAGAAAAGACCUCUGAGCCAGAGCCCCAGUCCGAGCCUGAGCCUGAGCCUGAACCUGCACCUGAACCUGAACCUGAACCUGAACCAGAACCAGAGACAGAGGAAGCCACUUCAGAAGCUAAGCCUGUAACUCAGCAGCCACAGAAAGCAGUGGAAGACGGUCAAGGCACCAAAGACCAAGCUGACAAAGCCGCUGAAAAAGAGGAAGCUACUGAGGAUGGCUGUGGUGAGAGCUCCAGCCUCAGCCUUCGUCCAGCUGUCAAUGUAGAGGACGUUGACUCAGACAAUGAAAGAAAAGGAGGAGGAAGAGGAGGAGGAGGAGGGCGAGGAGAAGAAGAGCAGAGUACUAUCCCCCACAUUCUCACCCCACAGGAUCCCAAACUUACAACCCUCACUGUCCCUGUGACCCCUUCUGGGGGUCGUCAGAGUAAAGGAGAUAAAGAUCACAAAUACAUGAAUGAGCAUGAAGCAGCAUCAGGACGCUUGCAAUCUCAAAGUGAAGAUGAUGAUGAUGAAGGAAGCAUCCCUGUCAGAGCUUGGCCCAGCCAGUCCAGCCUGCACAGCACCGAUGACUUCCUGAAAGAACGUCCAGCGUCUUCAGCCAGUCAGACCAGCACAGUGGUGAACGAGCGUCUGCAGGAGCUGGUCAGGAUGUUUAAAGAGAGGACAGAGAAGGCCAAGGAGAAACUCAUUGACCCUGACAGCUCAGAUGAAGACAGCGUCAUUCCCUCUCCUCCUCAGACCACAGCUCCUCAGCCUGCUCCUGGACUGCAGCCAGGGGGUAGAGGAGAGAAGGAAGCACAAGCAGGUCCAUCAGGAGGAGGUGGAGGAGGAGGAGUGGAGAGUAAGGCAGAGUUAGAGGAGGGGCAGUCUAGCAGCUGCUGCAAGCUGAAAGCUCCUCGGUGGAUACGAGCCUGUAUGCACUACCGUUUCCCUGCCAGCAUCGACCCUUUCACUAACAUAAUGUACGUGCUGUGGAUGUUUUUGGUUUCUCUUGCGUGGAACUGGAACGUAUGGUUCAUCCCGGUGCGUUGGGCCUUCCCCUAUCAGACUCCAGACAAUAUUUACUACUGGCUGGUGAUUGACUACCUGUGUGAUCUCAUUUACAUCUUGGACAUCACCAUCUUCCAGCCGCGUCUGCAGUUUGUUCGUGGAGGAGACAUAGUGUGUGACAAAAAAGAGAUGAGGAAGAAUUAUAUGAGAACCAAACGCUUCAAAUUUGAUGUGGCCAGCCUUGUUCCCCUGGAGAUCUUCUAUUUGAAAAUUGGCAUCAACCCUCUGCUCCGCUUACCCAGGCUGCUGAAGAUCAACUCCUUCUUUGAGUUCAACGAGCGUCUAGAGGCCAUCUUGACCAAAGCCUACAUCUAUAGGGUGAUCCGUACCACCACCUAUCUUCUUUAUUGUCUCCACGGUAAUGCCUGUCUCUACUACUGGGGUUCUGACUUCAUAGGAUUGGGAUCUACUCCAUGGGUGUACAAUGGUGUGGGCAACAGUUAUAUUCGCUGUUACUACUUUGCGGUGAAGAGCCUGAUCACCAUUGGGGGUCUGCCAGACCCAACUACCAUGUUUGAGAUUUUCUUCCAACUCAUUAACUACUUUAUUGGAGUCUUUGCCUUCUCUAUCAUGAUUGGACAGAUGCGUGAUGUGGUUGGUGCAGCCACAGCAGGUCAGACCUACUACCGCACAUGUAUGGACAACACUAUUAAAUACAUGUCCUCAUAUCGCAUCCCUAAAGAUGUCCAGAACCGUGUCAAAACCUGGUACAACUACACCUGGCAAUCUCAAGGCAUGCUGGAUGAGCAGGAGCUGCUGACUCAGUUGCCAGAUAAAAUGCGUCUAGACAUUGCUGUAGACGUGAAUUACUCCAUCGUCAGCAAAGUUCCUCUUUUUCAGGGUUGUGACAGACAGAUGAUCUUUGACAUGCUGAAAAGCUUACGCUCUGUUGUCUACCUGCCUGGGGAUUAUGUCUGCAAAAAGGGCGAGGUGGGACGGGAGAUGUAUAUCAUAAAGGCUGGGGAAGUGCAGGUGGUUGGAGGACCUGAUGGGAAAACGGUGUUUGUCACUCUGAGAGCGGGAUCAGUCUUUGGAGAAAUCAGUUUGCUUGCAGUAGGCGGGGGUAAUAGGCGCACAGCUAAUGUAAUUGCUCAUGGCUUUGCCAAUCUCUUCAUCCUGGACAAGAAAGACCUGAAUGAGAUCCUGGUCCAUUACCCUGAGUCCAAGAAACUGCUCCGCAAGAAGGCCAGGAAGAUGCUUACCAAGGGAAAGAAACCUGAGCCCAAAGAAGAGCCUAAGGAACCUCCUCAGGUACCAGCAGCCCCUGUCAGGCAGGAGACACCCAAACUGCUCAGAGCUGCCCUGGAGAUGACAGAGAGGUCCUCUGGACUUAAAGGAGCUCUGGCUAAAGUCAAAGAGAAGACCUACAAGUCCAGUAUCUCAUUACAGCCCUCCUUCUCCUCCUCCCUGCCUCCCCCAUCUCCCACCUCCAGCUCUGGACCCGACAGAGAUGCAGAUACGCCCUCGCCCGUCUCUGCCAGCUCUGCGACAUUACACCCUGCUUCUCGCUGCCAGAACAACAGCUCUGUGACGCCUCACUCCGCAUCACAGUGCCGCAGCGACGCAGACGACCAAAGAAAGGAGGGUGCCGGUGAGGACGAAGGGAAUGAGGGCGGGAAGAGGAAAGAAAAGAAGUUGUGAUAUAUUAUUUUUUUUCAACAUGAAAGGAGGAGAGUGGUUUUAGAAGUUAGGAAGAAAGGAAGGAGAGGUGGGGAAGGUUGAGGAGAGGAAGGAAACUGGAGUAAUCAACAGGAUAUAAAGAAACUCCUAAAGGGAAGGAUAAACAAUGCUGAAUAUAUCUACUGGACACUGACAGAAUGGUGAAAAGAAACAGACAAUUGUAAUGAUCUGUCAAAGUUGUGUGGGACAGCUUCACUGCAAAAUAUCAGAGUAGUACUGUAUUCCAUUUUGACCUAUGAUGCACUUAUCCAUUUUCUACAUCAUAGCCUGCUAUUUACAGCACCCAGUGCAGUUAUAAUAUACCUGUAGACUUAAAAAGCUGAUAUAUUUUGUCAGUUGUGUCAGAUAAUAGCAGUGCCCCCAUCUCUCCCUGGUUUUUCAGGCUGGAAAAUACAACUCCAGAUUCUUUUGUUCCCCAGUUGCUUUACAUAACUCUUUCAACCCCCACCUACUGU